AUGUCGUACCAAGAGGGGGUCCGAGAGGGGUCGAGCUUCAAGGGCAUCGUGCUCUUAAGCACACUGGCAGUCGGCUAUUUGAUCUCGACGGUCGUGUACCGGCUCUAUUUCCAUCCUUUGGCGAAAUAUCCGGGGCCAUUCUGGGCGAAAGUCACCUCGUUUCCUUCCUAUUGGCAUGCGCUCAAGCAAGACCGUCAUCUCUGGCUAUUUCAGCUUCAAGAAGAAUUCGGAUCAACCUUUCGGUAUGCUCCCAACAGUAUCCUUAUCAAUACUCCCAACGCGUUCAAGGCCAUUUAUGGUCCGAAGGGCAAUGUCAAGAAAGGCGUUUUCUACCUGGUUUGGCCUCGGAAUGUCGAUACCUUGACCACGUUGAAUGUCAUCGACACCGAGAUUCAUGGACGGAAACGGCGAGUUUUGAACCACUCGUUUUCGGACAGGGCACUGCGGUCAGCGGAGCAAUUUGUGCUUUCAAAUACUGACCGAUGGUGCGAGCUCAUCGAAAACCAGGCCGCUCCCGCCGGUGGCGAGGCUUGGUCCGACUCCCUCAACAUGACCGACUGGGCCAACUACCUGGUGUUUGAUAUCCUAGGCGAUCUGUGCUUCGGCAGACAGUUCAACAUGAAGGAACCGGAAAGCGACCUUCGAUAUGUGAUACAUCUCAUUACCGGCUUUGUCGAAAUCCUGCACCCUAUUGCUAUGUCUCCCUUUGCUGGAUUCUGGGCCUGGAUGAAGCCACGGGGUCUCGAUUGGGUUCUACAAUUCGCCAGUCCACCCGCCCUCAAAAAGUGGGAGGCCUUCGUGGAAGACUGCAUCGCAGAUCGCACUAAGGUGGAGCAGGAGCGGGAGCGCCAAUUGCAGGCUGGCCUCGUUCCUGAGGGCGAGGAACGCAAGGACUUCUUCCACUAUCUCUUCCAUGCAGAGGACCCAGAGACUGGCACGCGUGGGUUCCCACCGCAUGAAAUGUAUGGCGAGGCUGAGCUGCUGAUUAUUGCUGGAUCUGACACCACAUCCAUCGUUAUGUCAUCCUUGCUUUUCUACCUUACUCGCCACCCAGCCAUCCAAACCAAGCUCGCCAAUGAGAUCAGGUCAACUUUCUCCACUGCAUCCGAGAUCAAGUCCGGACCCAAAUUGCAAUCCUGCAAAUACCUACGAGCAUUCAUUCAAGAAGGCCUUCGCAUGACACCACCGGUUGGCUCAGAAACACUCCGAGAAGUCAGAGAGGGCGGGACAGAUGUUGAUGGGACGUUUUUCCCUCCCGGAGUCAACGUCAGUGUUGCGUACUAUUGUCUCAGCUACAAUAAGGACGUCUACCCCGAGCCCUUCAAGUUUCGACCAGAGCGAUGGAUAGUGGACGAGAACGAAGGCUCCACAGAGGAUAGUGUGGCCCUCGCGGAGAGCGGGGCGUGUGCGUUCUCCAUGGGCUCACGGGGUUGUCCUGGGAAGUAUCUGGCCUGGAUAGAGAUGUCCAUUGUGAUGGCGAAAUUGAUAUACACGUUCGACAUGCGACAGGAUCCGGGUAACCCGUUGGGGGGCGGGGACCCACGUCUCGGACGCGGACGUCAGAAUGUUGAUCUGUAUCAGACCUACGACGUGUUCGUUUCCUUGAGAGAUGGGCCGAUGAUACAAUUCAAACGUCGGGAAUGA